GGCGGCGGCGGCAGCGCCAUGUUUCAGACCUUGUACAGCUAUUUUUGGUGGGAACGGCUCUGGCUCCCGGCAAACCUCACCUGGGCCGACCUGGAGGACCGGGAUGGGCGAGUCUAUGCCAAAGCCUCCGAUCUCUACAUCACCCUGCCCUUGGCCUUCCUCUUCCUCGUCGUCCGGCACCUCUUUGAGACGUACGUGGCCACCCCACUGGCCGGGCUACUGAACGUCAAGGAGAAGAUCAGGUUAAAAGCCACCCCCAAUGCCGUGCUGGAGAAGUUCUACGCUGCCACCACCAAACACCCCAAGCAGGCCGACGUGGAGAUGCUCUCGAAGAAGAGCGGCUGCACGGUGCGGCAGGUGGAGCGCUGGUUUCGCCGCCGCCGCAACCAAGACCGGCCCAGCCUGCUCAAGAAGUUCAGGGAGGCCAGUUGGCGAUUCACGUUUUACCUUAUUGCUUUCAUUGCUGGCAUGGCUGUCAUAGUGGAUAAACCCUGGUUCUACGACCUCCGGGAGGUGUGGAAGGGAUACCCCAUCCAGAGCAUGCUGCCCUCCCAGUACUGGUACUACAUGAUCGAGCUCUCCUUCUACUGGUCCCUGCUCUUCAGCAUCGCCUCUGACGUCAAGCGCAAGGACUUCAAAGAGCAAAUCAUCCACCACGUCGCCACCAUCAUCCUCAUCAGCUUCUCCUGGUUCGCCAACUACAUCCGUGCGGGGACGCUCAUCAUGGCCCUGCACGACUCGUCGGACUACCUGCUGGAGUCCGCCAAGAUGUUUAACUACGCUGGCUGGAGAAACACCUGCAACAACAUCUUCAUCGUCUUCGCCGCCGUCUUCAUCAUCACCCGCCUGGUCAUCCUGCCCUUUUGGAUCAUGCACUGCACGGUGGUUUAUCCGCUGGAUCUCUACCCUGCCUUCUUCGGCUACUACUUCUUCAACUUCAUGAUGGUGGUGCUGCAGUCGCUGCACAUCUUCUGGGCCUACCUCAUCAUCCGCAUGGCCCAGAAGUUCAUAACUGGAAAGGUGGUGGAGGACGAGAGGAGCGACCGUGAAGAGACGGAUAACUCGGAGGAGGAGGAGGAGGCGGCGAAGAACGGGCCCCUCUCCAACGGCCACCCCGUCCUCAACAACAACCACCGCAAAACCGACUGAGCGCCCUCGCCCCGUCUCUGCGCUGGCGGGGGCGGGCGGGGGCCCCGCCGGAGGCCAAACCCGUGAGAUGACAAAUCCCACCGAUGCCACCCUCGCGUUGCGCCAAGGUCCCCGUCCCCUCCAUCCUCUCCCCUCCCCGGUCCAGCAGAGCAAACCGGGACCCCGGAGAGCCCGUCUCAGCCCCCAAGCUCCCUCCGUUGCCUCCUCCGGAGAGGGCCCGCGGCUCCGGGGGGGGCAACGGUCGCUGCUUUUCCACCUCACGCUCACCAUCGGUGCCCUUUCUGCCUUUCACCUGCUGCCUUAAUCCACCGUGGUGCCCCGGGACAGGCAGAGCGAGGACGGCUCCCGCCGGCAUCCCUCCGGGACGCCUCCUUCCCUUCCCCGCAGCCCCCUCAGAUCCGCUGUGGCCGGAGAGCUCGGCUCCAGCCCCUCACCGGGCUCCAGCCCUGCAUUAUUCCCCCCCUUUUCCCGACCAUCCCCUCGCCGGAGGGAAGCGCGUCCUGCAGCUGCCUCUUCAAACACUGGGGGGAAAAAGCCCCGACCCGGGCCCAGCUUCGCUGCCGGCACCGAGGGAGGGAUGGCGGUGGAAAAGCCGGCGCAGUCCCUGCUCCGCGGCCCUCGGAGGGCUGGGAGGGAGGAGCGGGUCAAGUCCUGGGUAUUUUAGUGGCUGAACGAUGAGAUGACGCUGUGGAAGCACUCGGGGGAAGGAAGCUGCAGGGUUUAGUCACUACCAGUGUCUCACAGAGGAGUUUAAUCCCCUCAUUGCUCUUCCGUAAAUGGGUUUUGAGUCUCUCCCUCUCCGUGGCCUCUCCCGGUCCCUUCCCCAGCUGUAACAGGACAAAUUUGCAACUGAUUUUUUUUUUUUUUUUUUUUCAUUUCUAUUUAUUUGGAAGACAGAAGGAGCCGGGCUUGGCUCUGUCUCCUGCAUCCACCCGGGAUGCGGCGAGCCCUCCCAGCGCGGAGGGGUGGGGGAAAAGGACCAUUAACCAACGUCAGACCAAAAUGUCUUUUGUUGUUUUUUGUUUUUUAAAAAAAAUAAAAGGUUAAAUAUAUUAAAAGUUAAAAAACUAAUAAACUUCGGUAAAAAAA